GCACCCCGCGCUCGCGCACACUACGCCAGAGCAAGAUGGCCGACGCGGCGGCCACAGCUGGGGCCGGUGGCUCCGGAACGAGAUCGGGAAGUAAACAGUCCACUAACCCUGCCGAUAACUAUCAUCUGGCCCGGAGGAGAACCCUGCAGGUGGUUGUGAGCUCCUUGCUGACAGAGGCAGGGUUUGAGAGUGCCGAGAAAGCAUCCGUGGAAACGCUGACAGAGAUGCUGCAGAGCUACAUUUCAGAAAUUGGGAGAAGUGCCAAGUCUUACUGUGAGCACACAGCCAGGACCCAGCCCACACUGUCAGAUAUCGUGGUCACACUUGUUGAGAUGGGUUUCAAUGUGGACACUCUCCCUGCUUAUGCAAAACGGUCUCAGAGGAUGGUCAUCACUGCUCCUCCGGUGACCAAUCAGCCAGUGACCCCCAAGGCCCUCACUGCAGGGCAGAACCGACCCCACCCGCCGCACAUCCCCAGCCAUUUUCCUGAGUUCCCUGAUCCCCACACCUACAUCAAAACUCCGACGUACCGUGAGCCCGUGUCAGACUACCAGGUCCUGCGGGAGAAGGCUGCAUCCCAGAGGCGCGAUGUGGAGCGGGCACUUACCCGUUUCAUGGCCAAGACAGGCGAGACUCAGAGUCUUUUCAAAGAUGACGUCAGCACAUUUCCAUUGAUUGCUGCCAGACCUUUCACCAUCCCCUACCUGACAGCUCUUCUUCCGUCUGAACUGGAGAUGCAACAAAUGGAAGAGACAGAUUCCUCGGAGCAGGAUGAACAGACAGACACAGAGAACCUUGCUCUUCAUAUCAGUAUGGAGGAUUCUGGAGCCGAGAAGGAGAACACCUCUGUCCUGCAGCAGAACCCCUCCUUGUCGGGUAGCCGGAAUGGGGAGGAGAACAUCAUCGAUAACCCUUAUCUGCGGCCAGUGAAGAAGCCCAAGAUCCGCAGGAAGAAUAGACACGGGAUUUUGCUAUGUUGCCCAGGCUGGUCUUGAACUCCUGGCCUCAAGUGAUCCACCCGCCUCGGCCUUCCAAAGUGUCGAGAUUACAGGCGUGAGCCACGGUGCCCAGCCCAUCUCUUAGUCUUCCAUUCCCUUGGUGAAUUUGGAAACUUGAAAAACUUGAGGACUUGACAGCAGGCUCCAUGUUCUUCUGGCCUCACUGUACUGUGUAAGGAAAGAGCUGCUUGUCAGGAACGGAAGAGGGGACGCUAGUAAAAAAAAAAUUGGAUUCCCCAACUGGACUAAAUAGGAGUUUUUCAGGUUUGUAGUAACCUGAAACUCUCCUAGAUCGAAGCAGUUAGACUGGCCUAUGUGGCCUUCUCAGGGUUUGUGAUUCAGUUCCUAGCGAUUCUUGGCCUGAUAAGUUUAUGAACACAGCCCCACAUUCAAGCCGUGGCCAAUCCCAGCUGUUCUCACUGCUCUUGGGAGGUGUCGUCCCAGUCAGUGUUUCUGCAGCUUCCAUUUGUUGUUGUUAUCCAGUGUAAGCACCUGUUGAAUGCAGAUGUGCUGAGUUAUAGGUGGGAUUUGGAAAAGGGCUGCUGUUUCUGCUGUUGAGAUUUCAGAGGCUAUACUCUUUUUUUUCUUUUCUUUUCUUUUUUUUUGAGACGGCAUCUCACUCUUAUCACCCAGGCUGGAGUGCAAUGGCGUGAUCUCGGCUUACUGCAACCUCCACCUCCUGGGUUCAAGGGAUUCUCCUGCCUCAGCCUCCCGAGUAGUUGGGAUUACAGGCACCUACCACAAUUCUUAGCUAAUUUUUUUUGUAUUUUUGGUAGAGAUGGGGUUUCACCAGGUUGGCCAGGGUGGUCUCGAACACCUGACCUCAGGUGAUCCACCCACCUCGGCCUCCCAGUGUGGGUGGGAUUACAGGCAUGAGCCACCGCGCCUGGCCUCAGAGGCUAUACUCUUAUAAUUUUGUUCUGAGGGGAGACAGGGAAAGGGUUAGACAACUUGAAACAUUGACCCUGUAUAAAAAUGCAUAAUUCUCAAUGUGUAUUUAUAAAUUUCUAUUUUUUAUAACUUUAUGGGACUUCUUAGAGGCAAAAAGUAGUAAACAUGCAGAUUAAAAAUUUUAUGAAAAUCUCAAUAAAAAUUCAUAAUAAAAACUUUGUAAAUAAAUAGAACUGUAAGCUUUGAACUUAAUUUGUGUUCAAAAGUUAACAGCAAUGUGGACAGCUAAGUCAGGCUUAGCCCUUGUGUUGGCCUAAGCACACCUGGGAACUUAGUAAAACUUUUAUUUUGGAAAUUUUCAAAUACAAAAUUAGAGAGCAAAAUAUAUGAACCUCUGUAUAUGCCUCACCAAGCUUCCACACUUGUCAAUAGCUUGUUGAUUCUGUUUCAUCUGUUUCUCCCACUUUUUGUCCUUUAUUUUCUUUCCUCCUGGAGAGUGUGUGUGUGUGUGUGUGUGUGUGUGUGUGUGUGUGUCGGAGUUUCGCUCUUGUUGCCCAGGCUGGAGUGCAAUGGUGCAAUCUUGGCUCACUGCAACUUCUGCCUCCCAGGUUCAAAUGAUUCUACUGCCUCAGCUUCCUGAGUAGCUGAGAUUAUAGGUAUCUACCACCACCACGCCUGGCUAAUUUUUUUUUUUUUUUUUUUGGAGACGGAGUCUCGCUCUGUCGCCCAGGCUGGAUUGCAGUGGAUUGUCAAGAUUGCAGUGGUGCAAUCUCGGCUCACUGCAAGCUCCGCCUCCCGGGUUCACGCCAUUCUCCUGCCUCAGCCUCCCAAAUGGCUGGGACUACAGGCGCCUGCCACCACGCCCAGCUAAUUUUUUGUAUUUUUCAGUAGAGACAGAGUUUCACUGCAUUAGCCAGGGUGGUCUCGAUCUUCUGACCUCAUGAUCCGCCCACCUCGGCCUCCCAAAGUGCUGGGAUUACAGGCAUGAGCCACCGCACCUGGCCUAAUUUUUUUGUAGGUUUAGUAGAGAUGGGGUUUCACCAUGUUGGCCAGACUGGUCUCCAACUCCUGACCUCAGGUGAUCACCUGCCUCAGCCUCCUAAAGUGCUGAGGUUACAGGUGUGAGCCCCCGCGCCUGGCUCUUAUGGAGUAUUUUUAAAUGCAAACCCCAGACCUGUGUCAUUUAAUCUAAAUGUGUCUAUACGUAUCUCUGAUUGAUCUUUCUUUAAAUUUUAAUUUUGGAAUAAUUAUAGAUUCACAAGAUGUUGCAAAAAAUGUUGAGAGAGAUCCUAUGUACCCAUCACCCACUUUCUCCCAGUGGUAGCGUCUUGCAUAACUGUAGUGCAAUAUCAAAACCCUUGCGUUCAGUUUCAGUGUACAAUGUAGAUUGUAUAUUAGUACAAUCCAUAGAGCUUAUUUAGUUUUCACCAUGUGCACGUGUGUGUUAUGUGUGUGUUGUUCCAUGCAGUUUCAUCGUGUAGAUUUGUGUAACCACCACCACACAAAUGGUGAAGACACAGAACCAUUGCAUCAGUACAGUUCUCCCUCAUGCUGUCUCUUUGCAAUCACAUCCACCUCUCUGCUCUUCCACUUCUCUCCUGGCAGCCACUACUCUGUUCUCUAUCUCUAAUGUUAUUGAAAGAAUGUUAUAAAUUGAAUCAUAAAGUAUGUGACUUUUUUCUUUUUGAGACAGAGUCUUGCUCUAUCGCCUAGGCUGGAUGGAGUGCAGUGGAGCGAUCCCAGCUCACUGAAACUCCUCCACCUCCCGGGUUCAAGAGAUUCUCCUGCCUCAGCCUCCCAAGUAGCUGGGAUUACAGGCAUGUGCCACCACACCCAGCUAACUUUUGUAUUUUUAGUAGAGAUGGGGUUUCACCAUGUUGGCCAGGUUGGUCUCCAACUCCUGACCUCAAGUGAUCCGCCCACCUCAGCCUCCCAAAGUGCUAGGAUUGCAGGUAUGACCCACCGCACCUGGCCGAGGAUGAGACUUUUUGACGUUGGCUUUUUCAGUUCUGCAUAAUUCUCUUGAGGUCCAUCUAGGUGGUUGUGUGUAUCAGUAGUUCCUCUCUUUUUAUUGCUAGCAGCAUGGAGGCACCAUAGUUUAACACAGUUUCUUUAACCAUUCACACAUUGAGAGACAUCUGGGCUGUUUCCAGUUUGGGGCUACUGUGAAUAAAGCUGCUAUAACACUUGUGUACAGGUUUUUUGUGUAAACAAGUUUUAGUUUCUCUGCAAUAAAUACCUAAGAAUGCAA